AUGUUCAAGAUGUUUGGCGCUGGGAAGAAAGACAAGGAUUACGCCAAACUGAUGUCAGCCCGCCGUAUUGACAGCCAGGAAAGUCUGACAGACGGACCUGCACUUACGGGACCAAUCGAUAGCAAGUCUGAUACCCGCAGCCGGCUUGGUAAAGUUUUAAAGAAAAUCAACUUAAGCAACAAGUUGCAGGUCCGGAGGAAGUCGCAGAGUAGUGUGAGUCGUGGCUCGGCCACAGGCAGCGAGAGAGACGAAGAGGCCUCACAAGUAGCCAGUGAAGAUGAAAGAAAGUCUAAAGUGUCUAUUAGUGUGACAGAAAGUGAGCCAGAAGCAGGUGCAAGUGGAAGCAGUAAAGAGAAAGACUCCGAUGAGGAAUCCUCAGAGAAAAGCAGUGUUGACCGAGAUUAUCUGAAAGUAGAUUUAGACCGGGAUGAUGCCAAUGAAAGCACUGUGGACUCAGAGGAAGAACCUGAUGAAGAGCCGGGAGAUUCUGAUGAGGAUAGCAAGUCCAAGUCUGAAGGAGAAGAAACUGAAAAGGAAUCUGUCAGUGAGAAAGAAACUGGAACUGAAAGAGAAUCAGAGUCAGAGAAGAGUCAGAGUCAGAGAAGUCAUCAGCUACAGAGAAAGAAUCAGAAACCGAAAAAGACUCAGAGUCAGAGAAAGAGUCUGAAUCUGAGAAAGAAACAGAAUCAGGAACAGGCACGGCAACAGAGAAGGAAACAAGCACAGAAAAGGGUUCAGGAGACUCUGAUGAAGAGUCUGAAGAAGAAGAAGAAGCUUCAGGGAGCACUAGAGAAAGUGGGUCUUCUGCCCGGUCUUCCAUGA